AAGGCAUGUGACAUCCCUAAGCCUCUGUGUUCUCAUCUCUAUAAUGGGGAUGUUUCUUGAGGACUCACGGGGACAAUGCUCAUCAUAGAAACCAUUAAUACAUGCAAGUUUGUUGUUUCUCAGCUAAAACACACAAACAAAAAACAUGCCCUGAAGGUAACAAUUGUAUGAACAUCCCCCACCUGCUGAACUAAAGUGGAACUUUGAAAACCUAGAACCUCAUUCAGCCUGGACACUCCUGUCCCUCCUCUUGCCACGUCCCUGAGGGGCUGGGACUCCUGUGUGAGCUCCAGACCUCCAUCCGCCUGGGAAUCACGGUGAUGCCGCUGACUGGAUGUCCCUCCUUGCCCCCUCAGUGUGCAGCUGAGUUCACUCUGACACUGUGUGAGGCCCACAGGAUGCGAGCCCUGCAGAAAGGCACAUUGAAGAAGGUGGCAGCAUCCCUGGUACCAGCUUUCCUGACUGGCAAUAUCCCCCACAUCUGCACCCUGAUGCCCACCCACCCGGCCUUCUCCAGAGCCCAAAGGUUCCUGGACGAGCUGUUAACUAGGGCCACCGCUUCUGUGAUGGAUACCUGGCCGGACCAGGCACAAUAUUUGGGCCAGCCCCUCCUUUCUCCCUGGUUCAGCCUGAAGCAGGCCUUGGUGCUGCACAGUCGCCCUGCCCCACACCCGGUGGGCCUCGUCAGAAGUCUUUGGGUGGAGCUGGCGCAUCUAGAGCCCACUGAGGCACAGUGGGAAGAACCACCUCCAGAGCUCAAGCGCACUCCAGAGCCGGAGGAAGGGCCUGCUCCUGGGCUAAAGCCUGGUCCAGCUGUGGUGGUGCUGGAGCCAUCUGGACCACCAACUCUGAUCCGAAUCCCAACAACAGAGCCAGCUCCACCCCCAACAACUGACUACCCCAGGGCUGGGACCCCUAAGCACCUUAUAAGGGAGGAGAAGGUUAACAUCCUGACCUUCCCUCCAAGACUGGUGGCCGAGCAACUGACAGCAAUGGAUGCGGAGUGCAGAAUCCUAAGAAACUUCUCCUCCCUGCACGCCAUCCUCGCUGCUCUGCAGAGCGUGGCUGUCCAUCGAUUGAAGAAAACAUGGGGGAAAGUUUCCAGGAAGCGGGCACUUACAAUGAAUAAACUCUGCAGGAAAGACAACUCACUGGAGGUCUCCAGAGAGGAGGGCACGAGGGAAGGGUGGACUGCACAGGAUGUGGCUGUGGUAGUUUGUCACUUGAAGAUUCUCUGAAAAUGUUCACUAUCUCGGUCCCUAUUACCCGGAAGAGGAAUGUGUUUGG